AUGGAGGCCAUCGUCGAAAUCUUGCUCAAGCGGGCCGAUGACCCCGGCCAGGAGCUCCUUAAGCUGCUUCAAGACCCCUUUGCCAACCAGCUGCAAACCACAUCCAUCUGGACUGCGCUUGGCACCUCGCUCGGUUUCACGGCCGGCAUCGCUAUCCUCUUCUCCCUCCUCCGACCCUACAACCAGGCCGUCUAUGCCCCGCGGUUAAAACAUGCCGAUGAGAAGCACGCGCCCCCACCGAUCGGCAAGAAGAUCUGGUCGUGGGUGAAGCCGCUAUGGAACAGCAGCGAGGCUGAGAUGGUGGGGUAUGUUGGCAUGGACGCUACCAUUUUCCUACGCUUCACCCGCAUGUGCAGGAAUAUCUUUGUCAUUCUCACCGUCCUCGGCUGCGGUAUCCUGAUCCCCAUCAACGUCAAGUAUGUUGACCAAGCCACCAAGCCCGAGUCCUGGUUGGCCGUCAUCACUCCCUCCAACGUUUGGGGAGCGCCCAGUGGGCCCAAGAAGGUCCUAGCACUUCGGCGCAAGUACUUUGAGAGCGAGGAGUAUCAAAACAGUCUCCAUGCCCGGACCCUCAUGCUUACCGAUGUUCCCAAGGCCCGAUGCUCCGAUGAGGGUAUCGCCCGCAUUAUUGACGAGGUGGUUCCCAACUCGUCCUUUGCCCGGACUGCCGUCUCCCGCAAUGUCAAGGAUCUGCCCGAGCUGAUCAACGAACACGAUCGUGCCGUUCGCAAGCUGGAAAAGGUCCUGGCUAUCUACAUGAAGAACCCCCAGCAGCUUCCGCCCGCCCGCCCCCUGUGCUACCCAUCCAAGAAGGAUCCUUCCUACGGCAGCUACCCCAAGGGGCAAAGGGCGAGCGUCGACAAGCGGAGCACCAUGUCCUUCGGCUUCGCCAGCUACUCGGACAUUGCGGAAGCCCACAACAUCGCCUACGCUUUCCGUAAGAAGAAGGUUCACGGCGCCACGGUCCGCCUCGCUCCCCGCCCCAACGACAUCAUCUGGGACAACAUGUCCCUCACGCCUCAGGCCCGGAGCUGGAAGCGCACUAUGAACAACCUCUGGGUGUUCUUGCUCACUUUGCUCUGGAUCGCCCCCAAUGCCAUGAUUGCCAUCUUCCUCGUGAACCUGGGAAACCUCGGCCUCGUGUGGCCUGCCUUCCAGCGAGACCUCAUCCGCAACGCCACGGUGUGGGGUAUCGUGCAGGGUAUCGGCCCCCAGCCCUCAUGUCCCUGGUCUACCUGGUUCUCCCCAUCAUCUUCCGCCGCUUGGCUAUUGCUGGCGUUGUACUUCUUCUUCGUCUUCAACAACCUCGUCGUCUUCUCUCUCUUCAGUGCCAUCUGGUCCACCGUCGCCGGUGUGAUUAAUCAGACCCAGCACGGAGUGGACGCCUGGCAGGCCAUUAUCAAGUCGCAGCCCGAAGUCGCGCUCUUCCUCGCCCUCUGCGGUGUCAGCCCGUACUGGGUAACCUGGUUGCUCCAGCGCCAUCUCGGUGUCGCCCUCGAUCUCUCUCAGCUGUGGCCCCUCGUCUACGGCUUCUUCAUGCGACACCUGUCCAGCCCGACGCCGCGCGAGCUUAUCGAGCUUACCGCGCCCCCGGCUUUCGACUACGCCAGCUACUACAACUACUUCCUCUUCUACGCCACCGUCGCCCUCUGCUUCUCCGGCAUCCAGCCUCUCGUCUUGCCCGCGGCCGCGCUCUACUUCACUAUUGAUACCGUGUUGAGGAAGUACUUGUUGCUUUACGUAUUUGUCACUAAAACGGAGUCGGGUGGUCAGUUCUGGAGGGUCUUAUUUAACCGCUUCAUCUUCAGCACUGUCCUCGCCGACCUCGUCUUCUUCCUCACCACCUGGGUGCGCGGCGACGGAACCCACAUUCAGGCUUUCGCCGUGAUCCCGCUCCCCUUCCUCGUCAUCGCUUUCAAGUUUGUCUGCUCUUCCAUUUUUGACAAGAAGCUCCACUAUUACUCGACUCACAACGUUCGCAAGCACCCCGAGGCUGGCAAGGAGUCCCGGCUCAGGAGCGAAAGGCUGGCUUCUAGGUUUGGCCAUCCGGCCCUCUACAAGCCGCUCAUCACCCCCAUGGUCCACCAAAAGGCCCAGAACAUGCUACACGUCGUCUACAAGGGCCGCCUGACCGAUGGCAGGGAAGCGGGCUCCAGCGACCUCAUGAGCGUCUCGGGUUACUCGGACACCUACGCCCUCGACCCCAUGCGCGCCGGCAAGCCUGGAAAAUCCGCCGCUGUUCCCGGCUUCGAGUUUGUCUCGGAGGCCCACCUUGAUUUCGAGUAUUACAAGGACAGGCCCGAGUUCGCAAACGAGCACGGCGCCGGUGAGAUCUUUGGCACGCCUUCGGACAUCAUCCGCCCCGGCACUCCUGGCUCCAUGUUUGGCGGAAGCGAGGGAUCGCGCCCCGGUACCCCGGAGCCGCUCCCGUUGGAGGCAUGGGAGCCGCCGAUCAUAUGCACGGCGGCGCUUACCGCUGGAUUCCUCCAACAACCCAUGUCCGCCGCCGAUGGUCCCUCGCGCACAAGAAGUCCGCUAUACUCUCAGGCCAACAACAGCGCGACCGGCCUGGUGAUGUCGGCGGCCGGGAUCCCCAUGUCGCGACCUGACUCGCCGGCCUCGAUGCGGCACGACAGCAUGGACACCACCUCGCGCGUUACCUCGCCUUACACGCCCGGUCCAACUGUCGGCGCGCUAGGCGGCGGCCCUCAGGGCUAUAGCGGGCUCGCGCAGAGCGAGGAGCCCCUAACAACGGUAGAGCGAAAGGACAAGUAG